UUUGUAAAACGCUGCUGACUAUUCUUGCUGCACUUCGCAAUACAAAGCGCAGAUGCUAGUUAUCGCAAUCCGACUCAGAGCUACUGAUGAGCACUAGUCGCUUUUUUUUUUUAGGAUCUCUAUAAGCUUUGGAAAAAGGAUACUGUUGUUGUUAUAGUUGCUGCACUUUUUGGUGUGUGCAAGUCGACAAAAGGACUCCAUAAAGAGCGUAUGAUUCAUCCUAAACUAUUGUCUCUCUCUCUCUCGCUUAUUAGGAAGAAAUAAAAUGGCAUCCUACUGUUUUCUUGUGUUAGCGAUGUGUGCGGCGCAGACGUUAUGCAUCACCAUCGAGUCAGUGCCCGGCAUGGACGGCGAACGAGUCAUCCUGACCGAGCUGGAGCGAACCGUGUCGCUGUCGUGUUUCAGCAACCGAUCGGAGGACGACGCGGCGGAGCUCGUGUGGCUGAGGAACGGCCGGAUGGUGGCUCUCCGUGAAGGAAACCGCCAGGGACAAAGCGGCGUGUGCAUCAUGCCGGUUAUCCACCAGGACAACGGUGCCACCUUCACCUGCCGCCUGCGCAGCAACGCCAGCGUUGAGGCUUCCGUCACGCUCAACGUUACAUAUCCGCCCGUAGUGUCGGGAUCGGAAAGCGUAUGCGUAGAGCAGGCCUCGCCGCUGCUCCUGAGCUGCGACACCUUCGCCAACCCGCCCGUCUCCUCGGUGCGCUGGACCCUCAACGGCAGCGCCGUCGACAUCCUCGCGGGGCGCUUCACCCUGACCGACGACGGUUUCGCUAGCCGGCUGGCUGCUGACAAGGCGGAGAAGAGUAAGCAUGAAGGCCUCUACCGCUGCACGGUUGACUCGCCUGUCUACGGAAUCAAGAGCAAAGACUUCCUGGUUACCGUCACAGAAAGGACACUUAAGUUUCCGCUAAUGCCCAUCAUCGCCGGCGUGGUUGUGGUGUGUCUUACGGCAGUCCUGGCCAUUGUAUCACGCUGGAAGAGAAUUAGCAAGUGCUGCAAGUGAAUGAUGGCCAUCAACUGUCAAAUCCCUGUCUGCAGUCGGUUAGCUUAGCGCCGAGGAUCAGAAAAGCAGCAAUUGAACGGACUCCUUUUGUAGAUCGCCACGUGACUGCUCGUCUUCAUGACAGAAGGACAAGGCUAAGAUCACCAGCAAAUUAAACACCUCCUUAUGUAGCCCUCCA